AUGUCUUCCAAGAAAUUCUACUACCGCCGCCAAGUGGCAGAGUCGGACGCGAAGUCCUGCUGGAUAUGCUUCCGCCCUUCCUCCACGGUCCUGAUUACCGCGGACAAGGACGACUGGUUCCACGUGUGCGCGAGCCAUCUGAAAGACCGCAAGUUCGCCACGGCCCAAGAUGAAGAGGAUCUCGCGGAGAAGAAGCGCAAGGAGGAGUUGGACAAGGAGAUCGAGGUCGUGAAGAAGGAGUAUGCGGAACGGAUGCGCAAGAAGAUGGAGAAGCGCAAGAAGAAGAAGGGCGAGGAUGAGAAGGAGGACAAGAAGGAUGCGAAGAAGGAAGAGAAGAAGGAGGAUGAGCAGGAGGAGAAAGAAAAGGAGGACAAGCUCAAGGAACUGGAGAAGAAGAAGGAAGAAGAUACGAGUGCAGCUCACGCGCCGAAGAUCUUCGAACUACACAAGGACUUCCAACUCAUGCGCGCGCAAAAGAGGCGCGAGGCCGAGCAGAAGAGGCGCAAUGCCGAAAUCACGCGCAAAAACCUCGACACGCUGAAGAGUGCUGGCGCGUUUCCGUCUGUCCCGACGGGGAACCCUUGA